CCCCCAAAGAUGCUUAAUGUUAGUUCAUAUUGGGUGUCAUUUUCCUAGAUAUAUUCUCCUCUGGAAGUUGGCUGGCUGCUAAUCAGCAGUGCAUGCAAUAAAUACUCAAUGAUUCUUGAUUUGUGAUUAACAAAUGGUUUCCUCCUGAUGAUGUCAAACCCCAUCCCCUUCCACAUAAGACUUAUCUAGUUCAUACUUCCAUAGGUUGUUCCCUCCAAAAAUCAAUUUCUUUAUCUGAGCUUCUGACUCUGUGAAAAUAACAAUGUUCCUCUUCCUCUUGUUAAAUAUUCAACUGGUGUUCAUAUUACAAGACACUAAUCUCCACUAACAUAUUACAAUAUUACUGUGUGGCAGGAUACAUAGGUUGCAAUGAAAUAGUAAUCUUGCAUGAAGCAAGCAAAAUGGCCACAUGCUCCACACACAUGAUCCCUGGACCCACUUGUUACUUCAUCCCAUCCCAUUUCCAGACACUAAUAAAGUGACUUUCUUUCUUCUGCAUUCUUGAUUUUGCUAUACAAAACUUGGUGAAAGAGACAUCAUGUAACUAAUGCAUCUUUGAUAUAAGAUGCUAAGACUAAAACCAGCAAGUAGCAUGUAACAUGUUUUAGGUUAAGCAGUAGCACAGAGAAUCAUUCUUUGCUUGAGCUUGCAGAAACUGUUUUUUAAGCUUUAAAGAGAAAAUUUUAUUUAUUUUUGUUGUACCUCUUAUAUAAACUUGAUCCAAUGAUGCUAAAAUAAUGUCAAAUAAUUAAUAAACAAAAAUAUCAGAGUGGAAUGGAAGAAUCCUUUUGGGUGGUUUUCUGGUCUACAAGUCUUUCUAGCAAUAUUUUAACACUUGGGUCUUGGUUGGAUGUGGAUUCCUACUGUUUGGGGUUGAGAGGGGAGGGGUUUUUGAGGGAUUCCCUCUUUAUUCUCAGGGAGAUAAAUCUACUGCUUUGUCCUCCUAGGGGAAGCUCUCGUACCUCUCAUCUGUGAACGACCCUAAAGUUGGAUUCUAGCUAAGAAGUUCGGUGUCAGAAAUGUUUUCCCCAAACCACAUCGGCAGAUUACUUGUUUGCAAGGCUUUCCAGCUGAGUUCCCUUGCUGCUCAUGUUCAUCCCAUCUCAUUUCCUUUCCAGGAGGCCUCUAUUAUUAUAAGGAUGAAUAUGAAGAUGGUGGUAUGAAACCAAAAGUUGGGCUGAUUUUCAAGUCUUCCAUCUAAUUUCUCUCAAAUGGCAAGAAAGGUGUUGCUGCUUCUGCUGAUUCUUGGGGUUUGUUCGCUGCGAAUGGAAGUCUUGGGUGCUAAAAAUGCCUCUUCAUCUUCUUCGUCAAGGCCAAAGAUGGUGAAUUUAGGAGCCCUCUUCACUUUUGAUUCAGUGAUUGGUAGAGCAGCCAGGCCAGCAAUCUCAGCUGCAAUUGAUGAUGUCAAUUCUGAUUCCACCAUCCUCUCAGGAACAAAGCUGAACCUUCUCUUCCAUGACACAAAUUGCAGCGGAUUUCUUGGAACUGUUGAAGGUAUAUUACAGAAUCCCCGCCUUAUUUUCUCUUCAUAGCCUUUUUUACUACUUAUCUCAAGCAACAAUAGCCUUUGUACUGACAAUAUCAAAACAAAUGAAACUGGCCAAAAGAGUCAUUUCCUUUUAUCAGGGAUUUGAGAAUUUUUACUGUUACUGUCACAAUGACGCUUUAUGUAUCGGUUUUGUAAGCAAGAAUGAACUUUUUGAACAACCAGGGCAACUGAAUGUGAGAAUAGUGACUUGAAUAUGGUGUUCGCUUUGUAGCUUUGCAGCUGAUGGAAAAUGAAGUGGUGGCAGUAAUUGGGCCUCAGUCUUCAGGGAUAGCUCACGUGAUCUCCCAUGUGGUCAAUGAGCUUCAUGUUCCAUUACUUUCAUUCGCGGCCACCGAUCCAACCCUAGCAGCACUCCAAUACCCAUACUUCCUUCGAACUACACAGAGUGACUACUUCCAAAUGUAUGCAAUUGCUGAUAUGGUCACAUACUUUGGGUGGAGGGAAGUCAUUGCCAUCUUUGUUGAUGAUGAUUAUGGAAGGAGUGGAGUGUCUGUGCUAGGAGAUGCCUUGGCGAAGAAGCGAGCCCAGAUCUCUUACAAGGCUGCCAUCGCCCCAGGAGGGAGUCAAAGCACAAUCAAAGAGAGAUUGGUUGAGGUUAACCUAAUGGAAUCGAGGGUUUACAUUGUCCAUGUCAAUCCUGAUUCAGGGCUUUCCAUUUUCUCAGAAGCCAAGAAUCUUGGCAUGAUGAGCAAAGGUUAUGUGUGGAUCACUACAGACUGGCUGGCUUCUUUGUUGGAUUCUGUGGUGCCAGUUCAUGAAAAGAUGGAAUGAUGGUCUGGAAUACAAGAAACCAGGACCAGCAUUGUUUAACUCCUAUGCACUCUAUGCUUAUGACUCUGUGUGGCUGGCUGCACAAGCACUUGAGACUUUCUUAAACAGCAACGGGACUGUUUCUUACUCGAACGAUCCAAAAUUACGCGAUGUCAAUGGAAGCACAUUGCAUUUGUCAUCUCUUAGAGUGUUUGAUGGAGGCCAGAAGUAUCUUGACACACUUCUGACUACUAACUUCACUGGUUUGAGUGGUGAAGUCCAAUUCGAUUCUGAUAAGAACUUUAUUCACCCUGCUUACGAUGUGCUCAAUAUCGGAGGGAAUUCAUUCAGGAGAGUUGGGUACUGGUCCAAUCACUCAGGUCUAUCCAUUGUAGCUCCUGAGACACUUUAUGGGAAGCCUGUGAAUGGUUCUUUGAAUUCCAAUUCCAAGAGUGACGAGCAUCUGUACAGCAUCAUAUGGCCUGGUGAAACCUCCGAGACACCAAGAGGUUGGGUUUUUCCUAACAACGGGAAGCCACUGAGGAUUGCAGUUCCUAAUCGAAGGAGUUACUUAGCAUUUGUGGCUAAGGAAAAGAACCCUCCUGGGGUUAGAGGGUACUGCAUUGAUGUAUUUGAAGCUGCCAUCAACUUGUUGCCGUAUCCUGUUCCUAGGACUUACAUGUUGUAUGGAGAUGGGAAAAGGAAUCCUUCCUACAAUGACCUUGUCAAUGCAGUUGCUCUUAACGAAUAUGAUGCAGCAGUAGGGGACGUGACAAUAGUGACGAACAGAACAAAGAUAGUGGAUUUCACGCAGCCAUACAUGGAGUCAGGGCUGGUGGUGGUGGUGCCAAUGAAGCAAGCCAAAUCCAGCCCCUGGGCAUUCAUGAAGCCAUUCACCAUCCAGAUGUGGUGUGUCACCGGCGCUUUCUUCCUCUUGGUCGGAUCCGUGGUCUGGAUCCUUGAGCACCGCAUGAACCACGAAUUCCGCGGCCCUCCUAGCCAGCAGCUCAUCACCAUUUUCUGGUCAAAUCUGCUAACCUUAAUUUUUCCUGAAGGGGAGAACACGGUGAGCACAUUGGGACGUUUGGUGCUGAUCAUAUGGCUAUUCGUUGUCCUGAUCAUCAAUUCCAGCUACACGGCCAGCCUAAAGUCGAUCCUGACCGUCCAACAACUGACCUCAAGAAUCGAAGGAAUCGACAGCUUGAUUGCGAGCACCGAACCCAUUGGAGUCCAGGACGGUUCGUUUGCGUGGAACUACUUGGUCGAUGAGCUCAACAUUGCAGCUUCCAGGCUCGUCACACUGAAAACCCAGGAAGAUUACGCCACCGCCCUGACCAAGGGACCCAAAGCCGGCGGAGUGGCCGCCAUCGUCGACGAGCUUCCUUACGUCGAGCUCUUCUUGUCGAGCGCUAAUUGCCAGUUCAGCACCGUCGGGCAGGAGUUCACCAAGAGCGGCUGGGGAUUUGCAUUUCAGAGAGACUCCCCGCUCGCCGUCGACCUCUCGACGGCAAUCCUCCAACUCUCCGAGAACGGCGACCUCCAGAAGAUCCACAACAAAUGGCUACUGCGCAGCGAGUGCACCGACUCGCUCAACCCGGUCGACGAGAACCGCCUCUCGCUCAGCAGCUUCUGGGGGUUCUUCUUGAUCUGCGGCGUCUCCUGCCUACUCGCCCUCCUCGUCUUCUCCUGCCGCGUGUACACCCAGUACAGCAGAUUCUCCCCCCACGAAGGCGGCGACGGCGACGGCGAGACGGAGGACAUUCGUCCGGCGACGAGGGCGCCGCGGCGGUCGCUGAGGACGACCAGCUUCAAGGACUUGAUAGAGUUUGUAGAUAGGAAGGAAACGGAGAUUAAGGAGAUACUUAAGCGGAAGCAUAGCCAUAAUAGUCACGACAGCAAGAGGACGCAUCAUAGCGGCAGUCCUAGCGACGACGCCGGCGGCGCCCACGCUUAGCUCUCCGGCUACGGCUUGAUUAAUUAACCAUUUGCUUUUAUUUUUAUAGUAAUUACUAGCGUGGCCCGGCCAGUUGGCCGUUCCUAUACCUAUGAAUUCCAUUGGACCCAGAAAUGAUACAUUGGAAGAAUUCUUUGGGCGUUUCAAUAUC